CGGGUUGCUAAGCGCUACUGUGCGCAGGAAUCUGGAUUCAGACAAGCAAUGCUCGCAAAUCAGUGUCUCACGAAGAGACCAAACGUGCAAAUGUGUAAAUAAAGCACAAUCUAAUGCGUUAAAAAACGGAUAUUGGCUGAACGCCCGAAAAACAGGAAGCUGCACAGCAUCCAUGGCGCGUUCUCUGAUUUCCAGCCGCAAACCGAAGUACCGUAAUGAUGAAGACGAGAAGGACGCUCAGGCUAGUCUGGCGGCGUUGACGGCGCAAAGGAAUGCUCACGUUUUCUUCGAGAAGUACGACAGGAGUGAGAUCCAGGAAUUGCUGAGCCUCACAACUUGUAAUUGGUUGCUAUGCAGUGACAAUUUCAACAUACCGGUGGAUUUUCCUCCUGGAAUUAUAAAACAAAUGAGGAAUUUCGCACAAUCAAACGUGCUUAUUCUUACCCCCGCCGACCCCCGAGUAACCCUCGAUUACAAAGUGGUCCAGCAAAUUGUGAGGGAGCUCACUGUUGGGAUAUACUGCUUCAACCAGCUUCCGUUUAUCAGCCUUGAACCCAACUUUGACAAGAGUACGUCCUGUCAGCUGACACCAGCUUAUUAUGAUACAAAAGUCGGACAGAUAUUGAUAAACAUAGACUACGUCAUGAAAGGCCUGUGGCACGGCGCCGUCAUGCCAGCAGAUAAUCGCGUGCGCUUCUCUGAACUGUGGCGAUCCAGCAUGGAUGUCGAUGCUAAUGGCGUACCUCAGACUCAAAAGGACGUGUUCUCUGAGUUUCUCACGGCAGGUUUGGUGGAUAUUUCCCAGGAGCCAUGUUACCAUGGCAUUUACAACCAGGAUGCUGACGCAGACCCAACCUAUGAGCCUAACAGUCCCGACGAAGAAAAGCUCUUCUCCCAGUACUCGGAGGACAUCGUUAUGAAGCUGGCUUCCUGCGUGUCGUCCUGUCAGCAGCACGAGAACCUGUUUGUGUUCGGGAGCUCCUACGGCGUAGGCAGCGCCGUGCGGGUCCCCCGUGACAGGCUGGAGCUGCCCGCCUACCAGAGGCUCCAGCAGCGGCUGGCGCUUCAGGAGAAGCUCGUGAGAGAGUGCCUGGAGAGGAAGGCCGAGACCUGCCAGAGCCUGGCCUACCUCCGGCUCAUCGCUUUCCUCGUGCCCUUCCUGGUCGGGCUGAGGAAAAAAAUGAAGAUACCUGACGUGUCUCUGAUGUUUGAGCCGUUUUCAGAUGAGAAGGUAAAGACCGAACGAGAGUUUCCCCCUCUGCUCCUGGGACCCGAGUUCACCUGUAAACAUUUUCCGCACAAGCAGGACGAAUACUUUCACCUGCACGGUGGAAUCGAGUUUGAUGUUGGGACGCCUCCUCUGGAGGAGGUCUCUGCAGAAAUAAAGGAAGCCCAUGCAGCUCUGCAGAAUCUUGCAGCGGAUCACUUGAUCGACCUGCAGUCCCAGAACGCCGUCUACAGGCAGCAUUUCCCAGUGCCUGUUCGGGAGUACGCUGGGAAAUGCUACAACGUGAUCGCCAUAGACCUGGAGGCCUUGUACGCGAAGGCCAACAGGAUUCAGUGGUGGGAGGCCAUGAGUUCAGUCAUCAAAGCUCUCAGGGCAAAGAGGUUGCCAUUAACUGACAUUCAGUUGCAUGAACAAUUUAAAAAAAUAUUUGGAUACAAAAAUGCCAUCAAGUGCAAGAGUGGCUUGGAGUUUGGCCUGAAGGCCACUGUGGAGCGCGGCCUGUCCGCGGCGUUCCACUCCCUGUGCCGGAAGAACUCCGCCGCUCACCUGUGCUCCGUGGACGAGCUGGGCUACUCGCUCGCGCACCACGCCGCUGUGCGAAACCACGCCCACAUCCUCUGUCAGCUGGCUGCUGCUGGGGUCAAUGUGGACCAGGCCCACAGCAACAGGUUCACUCGCACAGGAGUCACCCCGCUGCAUCUCGCCGCUCAGUGCGGGUCGCUGGAGGCCCUCAACUGCCUGCUGGCUCUCCAGGCUGACUGCAGGCUGGCGGACCGGAGGGGCUGGAUGGCCGUUCACUUCGCGGCCUACUACGGCCAGGUGGCCUGCCUCCGGGCGCUCUGCAGGACCCACCCGGGCCUGAAGGAGACGCACACCGCCGCGGAGUACCGCACCUCGCCCCUGCUCCUGGCGGUGUCCUCCGGCUCGCUGGAGGCGCUGGACUUCCUGCUCUGCGUGGGGGCGGACUGGAGGGGGAAGGACAGCGAAGGAAACGGUGCCGUCCACCUGGCCGCGCUCUACUUCCACACGCGGGUCCUCAAGCACCUCGUCCAGCUGGGCCUGCAAGACCUGCCGGUCUGGGCCCUGCUCGUCGAGAUGCUGGACAGCGAGAAGCAGAAGCGGCGGGAGAUGGCGGUCAGGUGCAUGGAGGUUCUCUGCGUGACAGUGGAGUCGUUCUGGAAGGACAUUAUGAAAGCCGGCGGCGUCCCCGCCCUGCUGGGUCUGCUGCGCGGCGAGCAGCGGGUCCUGCAGUGCCCGGCCGCGGCGGUGCUGUGUCACAUGACCCAGAGGGCGGAGCCGUGCGAGGAGCUGGUGCGGUGCGGGGCGGUCCCGGUCCUGCUGACCCUCCUGGAGACCCGCGUUCCAGAGCUCCACUCCCGCUGCGCCGUCAUCCUGGCUGACCUGGCGACCCGCAGCGAGGCCUACCAGGCCCUCAUCGCCCAGCUGGGCGGGGUCGUCCCCGUGGUUCGGCUCCUGAACUCCGACCUGCAGGACGUGCUGGUGAACGCCGUGAGGUGCGUCCGGGCCCUGUGCGUCCGUAGCCCGGGCAACCAGAGCGCAGUGGCCCAGGCCGGAGCGAUACCGCCGCUUGUGGAGUUCCUGACCCUCAAAUCAGAGGUGCUGCAGGAGGAGGCGUGCUCGGCGCUGGCGGAGCUGGCGCUGGGUCACCGGGGGAACCAGGACGCGGUGUGCGCGGCGGGCGCCGUGGGGCCGCUGGUGCGCAUCCUGCGCGGGAGGAGGCUGGCGGCGCAGGUGCGGGCCGCCAGGGCCCUGGAGACCGUCGCCGAGCACAACCCCGCCAUCCAGGCCCGCUUCCUGAAGAAGUCCGCCGCCAAGCACCUGCUCCGCCUCCUGAAGGUGUUCCAGCCGGAGGUGAAGGAGCAGGGUGCGGCUUCUCUCUGGGCACUGGGGGGCCACGCCCACAAGCAGAAGAGGCUCAUGGCCGAGCACAUCGGCUACCAUUUCAUUCUGGAGUUCCUCCUGUCUUCAUCCGACAAGAUGCAGUACGUGGGUUGCCAGGCGGUGGUAGCUCUCACUCAGGACUGCAGGGCCCAUCAGGACGGCCUGUGUGGGGAGAACGGGGUUCCCCCGCUGGUGCGUCUCCUGCGGGGGUCCCGCACCACUCAGCGCACCCUCCUGUGUGUGCUGCAGGCCCUGAGAACCCUCUGCAUCGGAGUAGCGCACACAAGCAACUCAAACAGUCAGAAGGCCAUCUCCGAGGAGAAUGCCAUGCUCACUCUGAUGGAGUUGCUGAAAUAUCACGAAUCUCUGCAGGUCAAGGUAGAGGUAGUGCAAACCGUGGCCUGUGUUACUCUGGGCAACCAGGACCUACUGGCUCUGCUCUCAGACCAGAUGAAGUUCAUCUACGCUCACGUCCUGGAGCUCCUGCAAGCACAAGACAAGACUGUCUGCCUGGAAGCCGGAUACGCUCUGUCUCUGUUUGCGUACAACAACAGAGCACAGCAGGCCCUCAUACUGCAGUCUGGAGGCGUCUCCAUAGCGACGUAUGAGCCCUUCCUGCAGUCGGAGAGCAAGGCGGAGAGAGCUAAGGCUGCAUUUCAGAUCGUCGUACUUGCCAACGUCAUCACGGACAUGGACCAAGUGGCUCUGUCGGCAAGAGGGGUCACAGUUCUGGUGAAGCUGCUUCAGUCGAGCCACCCAGACACUGUCACACUGACAGCGCAGCUCCUUGCUAGCCUAGCGCACACGCGGGCAGGUAUAUCUGAUGGCAUCGUUACCAUGGGAGCUGUGGACCACCUGUGCACGCACCUGUUUUCAGAAGAGGAAGAGGUUCGGGUAUCGGCCGCUUGUGCGCUGGGUUACCUCUCCUUCAACCGCAAGGCCCACCGCUUGCUGCUGGUCAAAUGUCGGAACGCCCCCGCCACCUACGACCUCUUGACGGAGCACCUCAUCGAAGACGCCAAGAUAUCGAAAGUCUUCACUGCUGACUUCAGACGACAGAAGCUGGUCGGGCUUCCCUCUCUGAGUUUGGAAGUAAAUGGCGGCCCACCUGUCCCUCAACACAAUCAAGGUGCUCGCUGUGCGACCAGCGUCGGCGUCCGGGUGGCGCCUUUUGAAAAGCGGCGUUUGCGGUCGCAGUCGGCCCCGGCGCUCGGGGCCAGGGGCAGGAUCGCCACCGCCAGCCCCGCCGUGCGGCUGAAGGAGCCGUCACCGGGGGCAUUACCGUCAGGGAAGGGGCACUACUGACCCCCCCAGAGCAGUUAUGGGGGCAUUACCAUCAGGGAAGGGGCACUACUGACCCCCCCAGAGCAGUUAUGGGGGCAUUACCAUCAGGGAAGGGGCACUACUGACCCCCCCAGAGCAGUUAUGGGGGCAUUACCAUCAGGGAAGGGGCACUACUGACCCCCCCAGAGCAGUUAUGGGGGCAUUACCAUCAGGGAAGGGGCACUACUGACCCCCCCAGAGCAGUUAUGGGGGCAUUACCAUCAGGGAAAGGACACUACUGACCCCCCCAGAGCAGUUAUGGGGGCAUUACCAUCAGGGAAGGGGCACUACUGACCCCCCCAGAGCAGUUAUGGGGGCAUUACCAUCAGGGAAGGGGCACUACUGACCCCCCCAGAGCAGUUAUGGGGGCAUUACCAUCAGGGAAGGGGCACUACUGACCCCCCCAGAGCAGUUAUGGGGGCAUUACCAUCAGGGAAGGGGCACUACUGACCCCCCCAGAGCAGUUAUGGGGGCAUUACCAUCAGGGAAGGGGCACUACUGACCCCCCCAGAGCAGUUAUGGGGGCAUUACCAUCAGGGAAGGGGCACUACUGACCCCCCCAGAGCAGUUAUGGGGGCAUUACCAUCAGGGAAGGGGCACUACUGACCCCCCCAGAGCAGUUAUGGGGGCAUUACCAUCAGGGAAAGGACACUACUGACCCCCCCAGAGCAGUUAUGGGGGCAUUACCAUCAGGGAAGGGGCACUACUGACCCCCCCAGAGCAGUUAUGGGGGCAUUACCAUCAGGGAAGGGGCACUACUGACCCCCCCAGAGCAGUUAUGGGGGCAUUACCAUCAGGGAAGGGGCACUACUGACCCCCCCAGAGCAGUAUUGGGGGCAUUACCAUCAGAGAAGGGGCACUACUGACCCCCCCAGAGCAGUAUUGGGGGCAUUACCAUCAGAGAAGGGGCACUACUGUCCCCCCUAGAGCAGUUAUGGGGCAUUGCCAUCAGGGAAGGGGCACUACUGACUCCCCCCCAGAGCAGUUAUGGGGGCAUUGCCAUCAGACAAGGGGAGCUACUGAGUCUUUUUUUAUGAGCUGUCAAAACAGCAGAAAAGCCUCAAUUCUGUUUUCAAGGCUUUUCUCCUGUUGAUUGACUCUAACGGGGUUAAGGCACAUCCCUGCCACUAAGCACCACUCUCUGCCAAGGCCAACACAUUACUGCCCAUCAGCUGGACCCUUCUGAGCGUACAGAGCACUGCACCUGGAAAUCUUAAGCUUUGCAAUUUGUCACAGGGAAUAACCUGACACGACAUGUUUACUUAUUUUACUUGGGCCCGACACAUCGCAGCCUAACUCCUUCUUCUUUGCCUUAUUUCUUGCAAAUUUAGUGCCAAUUUUACUUACACUACUGGCCAAUGGUAUUAGGCUACCUGUGGUUUUAAAAAACAAUAGAAAUAAUAAUUAACUCAACUGAAUUACCCCUCCACCUCCCUCCCACCCCCCCACCACCCAUUUUGCAAAAUGAUUGAAUGUACUUCCAAUGAUUAGUUUAAUUGUAAUUAGUCAAUGCCAAAAGAGGUUAUUUUGAGGAAAGUCAUGUCUGUCUUAAGAUUAUUUUUUAAAUAAAAUUUUUUUGUAGUGUUGUAGGUGGAAAUUGAACAAAAAGUUUAUACUUUGAUUUGUUCAAUAAAUGUGCAUGUAUGAACUUAAUUGUUCUCUACCUGAAGUUUUUUUAUAAACCACCGGUGGCCCAAUACUUUUGCCCUGCCCUGUAUAUAAUAAUGAUAAUAAUAAUUAUUAUUAUUAUUGCUGUUGUUGUUGUUGUUAUUAUUAUUCCUAUAUGAACAUACAUGCAUAGUUAUUUAAAAUAGGAAUAUUAAGAAACAUCUGUUUUUAGUUUGUAACUGGUGUUGAUAAUGGUGUAUGCAUCAUAUGGUGCGUGCAUCAUUAAAAGGGGAGUGUUUGCUCAUUCAUUUUCACCUGAAAAUUCUUCAAUCAACGAGACAGAAAGUCUUUGGCAUGUGCUACAGCUUUUCACCACUGGGUGUCCUCGUCCAGCAGCAAAUUUAUUUUUCUUGAUAAAUAGUUUUACAAAUGUCUUUGAGCAUUCACCUAUGCCAUGAACAUUCUGCUGUCUGCUGUGUGCAAUGUUUUGAGAUUAAAAUGGCGAUGUAACACCUUUUAUUUUUUCCUUUAAAAAGUUAUGUCAUAAUUCAAUGGUUAUGGUUAUUAUGGUUAUUUACUGUGUAUAUAGUCAUUUGGUUAUUUACUGCGUAUAUAGUCAUUUGGUUAUUUACUAUCGUAUGUGUCAGUACUGUUAUAUUGAUUUCUGUACAUUGUGAUGCCACUGAUUUGUGCUGGUAAUUUCAGUGCGCCUGUGUGGUUUAAUAGCGGUUUGUUAGAGGACAGGGAUUGAGCACUGACGGUGCUAUCGGCCCCAUCGGACAUGCGGAGAGAGAAAGGCCGUUUUUUUUUUCAUCGUUUAUUACGGCUUUCUUGGAAAGUGGACUUUGAAGUGGGGCAUAUGGAAGCGUUCUCUGUGGGCUGAGCGUAGAGCUGUAAAGGGGAGUGGAAACACCUCUUCCACUGCCUGGGAAUGCCCAGGACCGGAGUUUGCAGUAAAUUUAUGUGCCUGUGUGCAGAUUUGCAAAUUUGUGCAGGGACUAUGCUUCAAAUUUGUGUGGGGACUUUGCUGCAGAUGGAUGGGAUAUAUAGAGGAAUGUAAACAUUCUGACCCCGUUAUACAGAUUAGUUGAUUUCACCAAAUUGGAUUCAACAUUUUUGGACUUGUUGCAUGAUAACUUUGAUUCUGGGUGGGGAGUGUUGAAGAACAGAGCCCCCAGAAACAGCGACCACUUUGAAUAAAACUUCUUUUUUUUCAAGUGGGAAGAGCUUGAAAAAAGUGGCCAUUUUGAAUCGAACUUGCACCCCAGAUACGGUGUGUUUUUUUUGGGUUUGGUUUAUUUGGAGACAGUCAGUGGACCCCCUCAGGUCUCCAGGCACACUGGCCACUUUGACUGAAACAUCGGGACGGUCAUGGGGGGCAGGGGUUGGGGGCAGUUGAACAUGGUACCCUCUUCAUUUGGUGUGUUUGGAGAUGUCAGAUGAUCACAAGCCCGUUUCACUGGUUCAGCAGUUCAGCCAUAUACCGUAUCACAAACCUUGCACUUGAGUCCGUGUUGAGUUUCAUAGCCUUUCCAAAAGCUGUUUACUACACUGACCCCUUUACAGAAACCAAAUGCACAUUUCUCUGCAGAGGUGUGUUAUUGGCAGCAGCAUUUCAGAACUCAAUGCCCAGGACAUAUAUUAGCCUGUGGUCAUGCUAAUGACUGACCGACACGCAGGUCUCAUCAUGUCUGCCUCCAUUUUGUGGAUUUAAUUUCUAUAUACUUUAAUACGCCACUUUAGUUCCCCCCCCCCAAUGUGUCAUUGUAUACACCCGGGAAUCUAUCUCAAACUUCUGUUCUCAUUUUCUAGUCUUGUUUAUCAUUUGUAUUGAUCAGUACGCUUACAUUGCGUAACCCAGUCACAUCGACAGGUAACACCUGCAGCCAAAUGUGUUCAUUAAUUGUCACAGGGAACACAAUACAGUUAUUUAAAUUACUUUGUAGGUACCUGAUAGACACUUUUUAUCCAGAGUGCAGAGGAAAGCAUUGACGUGGGGAUGAGAAGUUCACAGUAAAUCCGUGCAAAGCAAACACCGAGGGUGAACUGGACUGCAUGUACCGCAGAAGUGUGCAUGUGAUACGAGUGUUUGACAGAAGGACCGUUUGGCUUAAGGGGUUCAUCAGCUGGGAACACGUGUAGGAAAGACGUUUUCACUGAGGAAUACUUACAGUGCUGCACAAACAGCUCACUUCCUGGUAUAACCCCAGGGCCGAUGGAUGAUCGUUCUAGACCUGGUUCAUGAACACUUUCACUUCACACCGAGCACCAAUCUCGCACACGCCUGCCCAGCUCUUGAAAAUAAAUUGUUUUCCAGCAGCACAGAUGGCAAAUUUGAAAUUCUUUUAAACCAAAACUUGCCAAAAUUAACACCCCCCGCCCCCAACAAACACACAGACACACACACAAAUGCAUUCCUACUCUAAUUGUCACACGUUUGGAGUUUGCAAACUUGAGAACUAUGUGUUCAAUGUGGGUAAACUGCUAAAUCUUGCUGUUUACACCUGAUAUUUGUGUGUUCUAAAGGCAUGUAAUGAGGAUUGCUGUGGUUGCAGGAGCUCUGGUUGGUACAAGGUAUACAUUGGGGAGAAAGCAAUGCUGCAGAUGGCUUUCAACUAACAGGUCUAUUUUUAGGUUUGAAGAGGGGAAAAAAAAACUUGACCCAUUUUCCAAUGUUGACUCUGGCAGUGAGCUGGCAGAAGGCCAGGGUAUCUGAUGGCGAGCUGUCCAUCAGAGCAGUGUUUGGAAGAGCCAGGAUGACGAACGCACUGUCUCCAUCAUCGCCUGGAACAAUCAUGGGUCAGCGAGAGGCUACACUACAGAGAAGUAAAUCCACACUCAACCUACAUCCUUUGUAAAUUAUAAUCACUACAAUUUUGGGCACUGGGCCUUACACAGUUGCCUUUAAUAGACAGGGGAAGGAGAACAUAUUCAUCCUAUCGUCCAUUAUUGUCCAUCUCAUUUUUAAUCCCUUUAGAGUUCUUACUGUGACUGAGAGGCCACUCUCACUGCAGUGCUACUUUCUCUGUAGUAUUACUCUACUGCAGUGCUACUCACUGCAGUACUACUGUACUGCAGUAUUACUCUCACUGCAGUACUACUCUACUGCAGUGUUACUCUCUCUGCAGUACUACUGUACUGCAGUGUUAUUCUCACUGCAGUACUACUCUCACUGCAGUACUACUCACUGCAGAACUACUCUACUGCAGUAUUACUCUGACUGCAGUGCUAUUCUACUCCAGUAUAACUCAACUGUAAUAUUACUCUGCUUUAGCAACACACCUAGCUACUCACCUGGAACCACAUUUGAACUGGUGAGCCCAGAUUUAUCUCUACAGUACAAACUGCUUAACACCACACCCCCCAAAAAUAUCACCUGUGUGUGACUCCUUUCAAAACAGUAAUCUCAUUAAGAAUUAAACAGUUUGUGCGUGCGCGUGUGUGUUUAAACAGUGCAGCUUUUUUUUUUCUUCAGAUAGUGUUGAAUGUACUCCAGAGGUCUGUUCCUCUCUCCCAAUGUAAAUGUACAGGUGAUGCUGCGUCUGGUGUGAGAGGGUAUUGUGAUAGUAAAUGCAAUUUCAUGAUUUAACAUAUUUAUUGCGUUCCUCGUGGCUAUUUUUAUUUUGAAUCCUCUGAGGUCUGUCUACUGUGAUAUUUGUACCAUAAAAGACAGUUUUACACUUGUAGCCCUGCUGUCUUGUUACACUGCUGCAUCUUACUGGGUCCGAUAUGGAGAUGCAUGCGCAGCGUAUAGCCAAAUUUGGGUCUGACCAAUUUUUGCACAAACUCCUGUGCCAGAUAAGGAAAUGUAUUUUGUCCGCAGUUCAUUAUUUGUCUGUAAUUCUAGGAAUUCUGAACUGUUGAUUUAUGGGCUGGUAUUUAUUUUUCAUAUGCUGAGUCCUCUGCUCGAGCAAUCAGUCAUUAACCUGCGAGAUGCUCGCGCAACGGCUUCGGCGCGAUGCCAAGUCAUAUUCUGACCUACAGAUUAUGACACGCGAGCCCCCGCGCGGACAGCUCGGGAACGCAAGCCCGGGCCUCACGCUGUAUAAAGAUCACCGCGAAAGGUGUUCUUUACAUCAGCGCAGGGGGUGUUGCUUUCGCAAACAUCCACCGGCUCAGGGAUUUCACAAGCCAUUUAACCAGUUAAACAGAUGUUCGGGGAAAACGCGGCUUCCUGGAUGCAAAAAUAUUUUAUGACGGUAGAUUCCUCGGUUCAGUAGAAUUCCAUCACUACGCUGUGCCUAAUUAAACCGCGUUAUUACGGUCACUUGGAGUUCACUCUUUAACUCUUGUGUUCUGUUUACUAGUUAGUACUUGUGAAACUGUUAGCUAUGGUCCAAUAUACCGAGAAGCAAUACAAAAAUAAAAUGUAUGGUUGCCAUUUA